AUUUCUACCAAUGAUUUAGCCUGCUCCAGACAUCAUGUGACAAGGAAGGAACAGAGAAUCAGGAAACGACCAGCCGCUGCUGCAAAUCACAAGAAAGCUCCCCAUCAUGGCCUACCAGGCUGGGAUUCUCAACGAGCCCAGUGCUUUGGUUCAGAGCAUCAGCUCCAACAUCCAGAAGCUGACACUGCUGACCUCGGAGCUGCAGAGGACAGUUUCUCUGCUGGGAACAGAGAAGGACAGCAGCCAUCUGCGUCAGACGCUGCAACAGAAACAGCAGCAAGGCAACCAGCUAGCGAAGGAGACUGACAGACUGAUCAAGGCAUUCGGUGUACUUCCCGUUGGUCCUGAUCAGCGUCAGAGAAAGAUACAAAAAGAGCGUCUGCUGAAUGACUUCUCCGCCGCCUUGAACAGCUUCCAAAAGACCCAGCGGCAGGCAGCCGACAAAGAGAGAGAGUUUGUGGCCAGAGUCAGAGCCAGCUCCAGGGUGUCGGUGGGACAGCCUGAACCCAGCUUUGGAAGUGGGCCUCCUUUCCCCAGUGAAUCCCAGGUACAGGCUCAGGCUGAGGCCAUCACUGAAGAAGACCUGAGGCUCAUCCAGGAGAGAGAGUCGUCCAUUAGGCAGUUGGAGGCUGACAUCACAGAUAUCAAUGACAUCUUCAAGGACCUGGGGAUGAUGGUCCAUGAGCAGGGAGACAUGAUAGACAGUAUAGAAGCCAAUGUGGAGAAUGCAGAUGUGCAUGUCCAGAGUGCCACACAGCAGCUGUCACGUGCUGCAGACUACCAGCGGAGCUCCCGGAAGAAGAUGUGUAUCCUGGUGAUAGUGUUGGUUGUAGUUGCUGUUAUUAUUGGACUCAUCAUCUGGGGUUCUGUCAAACAAUGAAGGCUUCUUCUUCUUCCUCCUCUUCUCCUCCACGUGUCCUGUUUAGUCAUCAGCCUGGACAACGGAUCAAGCACAUCCUUCCUCUUCUCACCCCCCUCAUGAGGGGAGUCAUCACGACUGUGUGUCUUUCUUUGACCUGAUUAUAUUUUUAAGAUAUUGCAGUCCUCACUGACAGGACCACACACUCCUUCACUGUGAAAAUAAAACUAGCGCUGGUAGCUUUAUUUAUGUAAUCAGCUUGAAUUAAAUGAUUAGUGUCUGACUGGGGUGUGAUUUACUUGGACGGAAAAGCUAAAAGGUGUUUUAGCCGUCAACCUGAUUAUCAGAGGGAGAUUAUUGCUGUGUUCAGUGGCAGUCUUGUUGGCUCCACCAGCUCUGAAUGUUAAAAUACAGUACAGACAAUGCUUCUGGGUGCAAUGAAGCAGCAGGUUGCAGUAGGCCGGUAAAAGUGGAUUAACCCUCAGAUCAGUCUCUCAUCGUUUCUUAUCAAUUAAACUAUGAGUGUGCACUGUAAAAUUGGGAAUAAACAAAAGCCACCCUUGGUUUAUAGUGCAAUUUAGCCAAAUUAUAUUCAGCAAUAAAGUGAUCUGACAUACAUUGCCCUCUUUCUUAUCUAUUAUCUCCUGUAUUUUAAGUUAUAAUUCAUUCAAAUUGAUAAUUUCUAUUCAAAUUGACACUGUUGUAUUCUAAUGAUAAAUCAAGAAGUACAGUACAUACACAUCCUAAAUGCUUAGGACAGUAUAUUACACUCUUCUAUCAGCCAAUUGUUCCAUGUAAUAAGAUUUUGUUGUUACAGUAAGUAGGUGGUGUUUCCUUCGGCCAGACAAAUCACUUUUAACUGUUCUUUCUUCUGUGUAUUAAAUUGCCUGUCACAUCACAGAUGAUCCUACGCAAUGAAUCUACAUGCAAUAUGUUAGUUAGUGCUGGUGAAGGUCAAGUGAUAGUUCAGUUUUAUGGUUUGUUUUAACAUACAGUACAUAGGUAUGUUGAUUUUAAAGGCCCCGCACACCACACAGGUGUUUUCAAUCAUCUGGUUGAUUAAUCCUCCUUAUGCGUUGAUGGUGGCCAUAGCUAUGUCAGUCAAUCACGGUCCAGAGGAGAGGUGUAAUCAGUCCCAUUAAGUGGAAACAUCUGUGUGGCUUGACGGCUUGCGUGUGGGGCUUCACUUAAAGUACAGUUAUCACUAUUUUUCUGUGACUGACAACCCACAGUACAUUUCUCUAUCCCGAAGCUAUAUUCCCGAAAAUGAAGAAACCAAACUUAGUAGUAACCUGAAGUAAAAUAAAUUAAAGCAAACACUAAUAAUUUUUUACUAUUUCACCCAAAUGUAAAGUUAUGAUGACAUGUAUAUUUUUAAUACUGAGAUUUAGCAGCCUACCAUGUGCUGAAUAAAUUACCCAAAUGUACUGAA